GCGACCUCUCAGUGCCGCGCCUCCGUCUGGCCUUAGGUAUCUCGUGUUUGGGAGCGAUCUGUGCUGUAGCCGCCGCCGCCGCGAUGGGCAAAACUGCUGACUCCCGGACUCCGGGAGCCCUACCUGACCCGGUGCGGAGCUUUAAUCGCUGGAAGAAAAAACACAGUCAUAGGCAGAACCGAAAGAAGCAGUUGAGGAAGCAUCUGAAGAAGCCCGAGUGGCAGGUUGAGCGCGAGGGUAUCAGCCGCCUUAUGCAAAACUACGAGAAGAUAAAUGUAAAUGAAAUCACCAGAUUUUCAGAUUUCCCCUUGUCCAAAAAAACAUUGAAAGGUUUGCAAGAAGCCCAGUACCGUCUGGUUACUGAGAUACAGAAGCAAACCAUUGGGUUGGCUUUGCAAGGUAAAGAUGUACUUGGAGCUGCCAAAACUGGAUCUGGCAAGACUUUGGCUUUCCUUGUUCCGGUGCUGGAAGCCUUAUAUCGUCUGCAGUGGACCUCAACAGAUGGGCUGGGGGUUCUGGUAAUAUCACCCACGAGAGAACUGGCCUAUCAGACCUUUGAGGUUCUCAGAAAAGUGGGAAAGAAUCAUGACUUUUCAGCUGGUCUCAUCAUUGGUGGAAAGGAUCUGAAACAUGAAGCUGAGAGGAUCAACAACAUAAAUAUACUUGUUUGCACACCGGGUCGGCUUCUUCAACACAUGGAUGAAACGAUAUGUUUUCAUGCUACUAAUCUCCAAAUGUUAGUUCUUGAUGAAGCAGAUAGAAUCUUGGAUAUGGGCUUUGCUGAUACCAUGAAUGCUAUUAUUGAGAAUCUUCCCAAGAGACGUCAGACUUUACUUUUCUCAGCAACACAAACCAAAUCUGUAAAGGACCUUGCACGCUUGAGUUUGAAAAACCCUGAGUAUGUCUGGGUUCAUGAGAAAGCAAAAUAUAGCACCCCUGCCACUUUGGAACAGAAUUACAUAGUUUGUGAGCUGCAGCAAAAAAUAAGUGUGCUAUAUUCCUUCUUGAGAAGCCAUCUGAAAAAGAAGAGUAUUGUAUUUUUCUCCAGUUGCAAGGAGGUUCAAUAUCUAUACCGAGUGUUCUGCCGGCUACGUCCUGGUAUUUCUAUCCUUGCCCUCCAUGGUCGACAGCAGCAGAUGAGAAGAAUGGAAGUCUAUAAUGAAUUUGUCCGUAAGAGAGCUGCAGUGCUCUUUGCUACUGAUAUUGCAGCUAGGGGGCUGGAUUUCCCGGCUGUAAAUUGGGUUCUUCAGUUUGAUUGUCCAGAGGAUGCCAACACGUAUAUUCACAGAGCCGGUAGAACUGCCAGGUACAAAGAGGAUGGUGAAGCUUUAUUAAUUUUGCUUCCCUCAGAAGAAAAAGGGAUGAUACAGCAGCUUCUCCAGAAAAAAGUACCUGUGAAGGAAAUCAAAAUCAAUCCAGAAAAACUUAUAGAUGUCCAGAAAAAACUGGAAUCCUUUUUAGCCCAAGAUCAAGAUUUAAAAGAAAGAGCACAAAGGUGUUUUGUCUCCUACAUACGUUCAGUAUAUCUGAUGAAGGAUAAAGAAGUAUUUGAUGUGAGCAAGUUGCCUAUAUCUGAAUAUGCCCUGUCUCUUGGUCUUGCUGUGGCACCACGAGUAAGAUUUCUUCAGAAAAUGCAGAAACAACCCACCAAAGAAUUGGUAGUGAGCCAAGCUGAGAAAGUAAUUGAGCCAAGGGCUCCCUCCCUCACCAGUGAUGAAGUGGAAGAAUUUAGAGCCUACUUCAGUGAGAAAAUGUCCAUCCUUCAGAAAAGUGGGAAAAAACUAGAAAGGACAGAGUAUAGACUGGCUAAUGGUAUUAGCAAUGAAGAACAGGAAAAAGAGGAAGGAGAAAGAGGAGAAGAAAUGGAAGAGAAACUGGCAAAAGCAAAAGGGUCUCAGACUCAAUCUGUUCCUAACACUGAUGAGGCACAGAAGAUCAAGGAGGUUCCAGUGCAGUUCUUGGACAGGGAUGAGGAGGAAGAAGAUGGAGCUGAUGCUGAUCUUUUUAAGGUGAAGCGGCACAAUGUGUUUGGGUUGGACCUUAAAGAGAAUAAAGCAUUACAGAAGAAAGAACCUUCUAAAUCAAGCGUCAAGAAAAAAGUGACCAAAGUCGCAGAAGCAAAAAAAGUAAUGAAGAGAAAUUUUAAAGUGAACAAGAAAAUAACGUUUACCGAUGAAGGAGAGUUGGUUCAGCAGUGGCCACAAAUGCAGAAAUCCAUCAUGAAGGAUACUGAGGAAGAAGACAGCACAGGUGGUAUCAACUUGGAUAAGGCAAAGGAAAGGCUUCAGGAAGAGGACAAAUUUGACAAAGAAGAGUACAGGAAGAAAAUAAAGGCAAAGCAUCGGGAGAAAAGACUGAAAGAAAGGGAGGCCAGAAGAGAAGCCAACAGGAGACAAACAAAGACCAAAGAUGAAGAGGAAGCCUUCCUGGAUUGGAGUGAUGAUGAUGAUGAUGGAUUUGAUCCAAGCACACUUCCAGAUCCAGAUAAGUACAGAAGCUCUGAAGAAUCAGAUAGUGAAGAUAUGGAAAAUAGAAUUAGUGAUACCAAGAAGAAGCAGGGAAUGAGGAAAAGGAACAACAGUGAAGCGGACGACGUGGGGCCAACAAGUCGUAAUAGAAAGAAGGCCAAGUGGGAAGCUUCAGAGCCCCUGGAUACGGGCCUGUCCUUAGCAGAGGAUGAAGAGUUGGUGCUACAUCUGCUCAGAAGUCAAAGCUGAAUACCUCCUUCUGUCUUCUCUUUGAAACCUCUGGUCAUGGUUAUGUGGGCAAGGAGUUGGAAAACAACUGACUUUGGGGCACUUAGGUACUAUGAGUCCCUUCCCAAAGGACACAUUUUGUGGACAGAAGUGAUCAUAUCUCUUUGCCCCUUUCACAGGACAUGAUUUGUGCCAUCAGAGAUCAUACACUCAGAGUGAGGGUGGAUUAUACAAUUUCCUGAUCCCAUUUUCCAGCAUGUGAUCUGUUAGAGCUUAUGCAUGGGUUCCUACAACUUGUCAGUAGAAAUGCUUCCUGUUUUUCUGACAAGUUCUGGAACCCUUGUUUCUUUGUUAGAAAUUCCUCUCUUGCUUACUAAACAGAAGUUUCUAUGUUACUGUUAAACAAAAUAGCUCAUAAUUUUGGUGUAUUUAAUAUCUCCAAAGAAACAGAGUAUGAUGGACCAGCCCUGAGAAAGAAUGACUAUUUUUCAUUUGA